GUCGGCAUGUUGCUGAUUGUCCUCUUUGUUCCAGCUGCUUUGGCUGAUUGUCCUGAUGAUGCAGACCUCUCCAUAGCUGCACCAAAGAAGCUGGAAGCACUGAGUGGAUCUUGUUUGCAAAUCCCAUGUAGCUUCAGACCCAAAGAAGAACAGAGAUUUAACAGCACAAGAAAAAUUUUUGGAGUGUGGAUUAAAAACAAUUCUGAUAUUACCAAAAUCAAAAACAAUGUGAUCUUCAACAGUAAUGGAGCAGUUAGCAUCUAUCCAAUGAGUAUUACUGGGAACCUGAGUCAGAGAGACUGCACCACUCUGUUUUCUAAUUUAACCACAAACUACACAGACACAUACUUCUUCAGAGUAGAGAGAGAAACAUUCAAGGCGGGAGCUCAUUGUGAUCCUCUUCAAAUAACAGUCAGAGAUUCUCCUUGGAGGCCCAAUAUUACAAUCCCAGGUGAUCUGAAGGAGAAGGAGUCUGUCACUAUAACCUGCUCAGCUCUCACUCCCUGUCCACACUCCCCUCCUCAACUCACCUGGAAUCUCCAACAAGACUCUCACAACAAAAUAGAGGAAAGCAAAGAUGGAAGCUUUACAACUAAAAUCCAGCAGACCAUCACUCUGUCAGACACACAUGAUGGAAAGAAGAUCAGCUGCUCUGCCAGAUAUCCUGUGAACCAAGGAAAAGACACCAAGACAGCAGAGACAGAAGAGACUCUCAGUGUUUCAUACGCUCCUAAAGACACCUCAGCAUCCAUCAGUCCAUCAGGUUUGGUGUCAGCAGGCAGCUGGGUGAAGCUGACCUGCUCCAGCAGAGCCAAACCUCCAGUCAGCAGCUUCACCUGGUUCAAGAAGAGCAGAGAUGGAGCUGUGAAAGUAUCUGAAGGAGAGAUUUACAGCUUCAAUGUAACAGAUGGUGGAGUUUAUUACUGUGUGGCCACUAAUGAUCUGGGUAAUCAGAAAUCAGCAGAGAUUCGUGUGACUGAAGGUGGAAACCUGGUUGGUGUCUACACUAUAGUGAAGACUGUGGGAAUCAUAAUGCUCGUGAGCACACUGAUGGUUUUUGUGUGGUGGUUCAGAUCAAGACGCUCCAACAAUCCAGAGAAUGAAAUCUGUCAGAUGAGCAGAGUCACAUCACAACACAUCAACUAAAGUUUCUGCAGGAGGACAAACUCCACCUGAAAAUAUCACUAAAUUCACUGCAGUGAUGUUUAACAGUUUUCUUUGAGAGUAGAGAUGAUGUUGCAGGAAUUGAGACAUUUCCUUUGUGGACAAGUGAUUUAUAAGUGCAACUUAAGUUAUCAUCCAUUUACUCUGAGCUCAUAUCAAUCCUUCAAAUUUAAAUAUGAUCCACUGUGGUGUAUUAUUAUCCACCGACCUCCUAAAUCCUGUGAUGACUUCCUGAAUUAAUUCUCUCAUCUGUUUUCAUAUUUUGUCAAAUUUGACCAAUUCCCUUAGUGCAGCAUGUUAAUGGUUCCACACAUAACAGUGAGCACCCCAUGAUCGUGUUUUCACUCCCAUCUUAUCUACAACCUCCCUGCAUAUGUCUGAUUUACUGACUGGCCACACAUUUGUAUUUUUUGACACAGUUUUUCUGUUUGUGUUGUCUUCCCAGAAACAAACUGUUCAGUCUUGUAUCUUUAAUGAGAAUUCAGGAGCUGUAUCAACACAUCAUUUUUCAGAUGUCAGUGAUUCACUUGAUGGGUCUAAUAGUCUAUGUUAAUCAUCAUAUUAAGUUUUAAUGGAAAUUUUUAAGAUUCCUUCUUCAUCUCUGUGUCAAGCUGACUUUACUGAACUAAAGUCUCUAAAGUAUCUAAUUGUGUCUUCAUGUAAUCUUUAAAGCAAAUGUUGAUGAUUUUUCUGUUUUAUACAAUGUUCUAAAUGUACUCUGUGAUCGUGGCAGGUAGAUGACUUCUCUCUGUAAAUAUAUAUAUUUAAAAGCAAAACAAAUGAAACUGUUUAAUUACAGGUAGUUCAUGUCUGCCCACCAUAAUGACAGUUUUCUUUUCUCUAUAUACAUCAUGUAAUUUCCAUCACUUCACUGGUUUUUCUAGCAGACACAUCUUAUCUGAUGGCACAUCAGUGUAUGAUACGAGAAAUAUGAUGUUCAUACUGGGAGUUAUUAAAUAUAUAGUGUAAGGUUGAGCUUACAGGCUGUGAAUGAGUGAAGCUAAAACUUUGAGGGUGAGCGCACCAUUUUAGACUUUUAAGGACAGCACACAGCAGCAGCAGGAUGUGAUGUAUUCACACAUCAAAAGGGUUAAGGCUAAAAAAAGACUUAACACAGAUGGGUGAUGGCCCAGUGCAGAAGAAAUGAGUGAGAAAGUGACUUUGGCUGAACAAAUGUUCAAGAUGUUCAUGUCUGAUGUAUAUAUAGUUUGGUAUCGGCAGUGAGUCAUGCUUCCA